AUGAUUCCAACUCCCGUCCUCUACCCAUGCCUCUCAGAUUUUGUUUGCCCUGCUUGUUCCAUUUACAUCAACCACGAAACUACACCCCAGAGCCCCUCCACCAUCCAUGUGACCUCCACAUCCCAAACUAACCAUUCCGUGUGCACAUUCCAGUGGGACACCCUCCACCUCAUCACCACCUCGAUCCGCGACGUCGUCUUCUCCCUCAAACCCGCCCAAAGCGAAACGGGCCUGAAAAUCCGUCCCGGUGUGCCUGAGGAGUUUGCGUUUCAGCAGCAACAGCAGCAAGGACAGCUGAAGGCGAAUGGUGGUGUUUGUGAGAAUGGAGUGAGGAGUGAGGUGAAGGCUGGUGGUGGUGGGGAGGAGAGGGGGAGGACGGCGUGA